UCAUCUGGCCUUUUCCAGGAAGUAGAAAAACAUCAACAAUCCAGAGGUUCAGACUGGGGUUGACAGUGUCACAUUAAUCCAGCAUCAGCAGCAAAUAGGCAGCGAAACACGGGAGUCUCUAGAAGUUGUUUUUUUUAUCUUCGUAAAGGGUGUGUUUCACCAUCGUAAAACAUGUCGGUGUUCGGGAAGCUGUUUGGAGGAGGAGGCAAAGGAAAGGGACCGAGUCCGCAAGAAGCGAUCCAGAAACUCCGGGAGACGGAGGAGAUGCUAACGAAGAAACAAGAAUUCCUGGAGAAGAAGAUCGAGCAGGAACUGCAGAUCGCUAAGAAGAACGGGACGAAAAAUAAGCGAGCGGCUCUGCAGGCUUUGAAAAGAAAGAAGAGGUACGAGAAGCAGCUGGACCAGAUUGAUGGAACACUGUCUACCAUUGAGUUCCAGAGAGAGGCUCUGGAGAACGCCAACACCAACACUGAAGUUCUCAAGAACAUGGGCUUUGCUGCCAAGGCCAUCAAAUCUGCUCAUGAAAACUUGGACAUUGACAAAGUAGACGACCUGAUGCAGGACAUCACAGAGCAGCAUGAGAUAGCUCAAGAAAUCUCUGACAUCAUCUCCAAACCAGUCGGCUAUGGAGAGGAAUUUGAUGAGGAUGAGCUGCUCGCAGAGUUGGAUGAGCUGGAACAGGAGCAGCUGGACAAAAACCUGCUGGACAUCGGUGGACCAGAGACCGUCCCCCUCCCCAACGUGCCUUCAACCUCGUUACCAUCCAGACCAGCCAAGAAAGAAGAGGACAAGGACGACAUGGAGGACCUGCAGCGCUGGGCGAUGGAAGCCUUGUAAAGGCUGCUACAGUACAUUGCCACGGUGUACUUGCAUUAUGAAAGGAUGAUGAAACAAGGGGAACAAAUGAAGGACUGAUGAGACGGUAUGUGUGGUUGGGUUUGUCUGUGGAAAUCUGAAUGUCAAAUUAUUUUAACACUACAAGAGGCAGAAAGCUAUAAAACCACUGUCUGGGUCCCGUUCAGCACUUAAAUUUAGAAAAGCCCUCAUUGCUUACUACAAAUGAGUCGUAAUUUCCUAUUAAACGCACUGACAUUGUACUGACAUUCUAAAAGUUUCCUCACUGUUUUAACCAUGACCUCAGUCGGAUCCCAACAUUUCAUGGUCCACCUAAUUGGCCAGAGCCUUUUAACACCUUUGGAGCUCAUGUUCAGAUGUGUUAAUGUUCGUAUAUGAGCUCUGUGGUGAAGUAACGCACCUGUGUUCAGGUCUUUGUUUGCGGACUGUUUCCUCGAGGAUGCUGCUGUAUGACAGUUGAAGUUUAUUCCUCAAAUAUCCAUACCUGGCUGAAGUAUUUACCUGUGUUUUUGAUGUUGUUGGUUUUGUUUUUUCCUUAUGUUUUUAUUUUAUUUUAAUACAUUAAUUAUUUGUGUACCUUGUUUUGUUGUUAACUGCUCUAUUGACUGGAGAAAACAUGAGCAUGUGCAGGGUGAAGACGUUAGAGGCUGUUUGUUUGCCCGUAUCUGAACCUUUUCUUUUUAUUUCAGGCUACGUGCUUGUCCAUAUCGUUUGAACCAGUGGUCCUUGUGAUUUGAUGUAAAUAUUCCAAAUGUUUCUCUUUUAUAUACUGUACUGUACUUUUUCCGUCGCUAAGAAGUUACGUUGAGGUUGUGUCAAGCAUGCAACAACAGGAAAUCACAAUAUGCAUGGCAACAUGCAGCUACAAAGAUAAACAGCCAGACAUUUUCAUCCAUCACCAAUGUUUAUGUUUUUUUCCAUAAAGGUCUUAUUGUUUCAAACUGUAUAUUGAAGAACACUAUUAAUAAUGAUGAACUAUUGUGACACUUUAUUAAUUGCAUCCAGUUCCAGAUUAAGUUAAUUUUAGGAGAUUUGAUUCAAGCUAGUUUAAACAUCAGCAUUUCAUAGUUGUGAGAGGUAAAUUCUUUAGUUUUUCAAAGCCAUGUAUGUAAAACCUUUUUACAUAAAAAAAAAACAGAAACACACAAGAAUGGAUAGACAAGCAUGUUGGCAUUUCAGUGUUUAUUUAUCCAACAGAGGUUAUAUUCUUUGCAACCUCAUUAAAAGAUUUCAGUUCUUUUGCUGUAA